CGUGCGAGAGGAAAAGUCUCGCGGAAUGACGCGCUGCCUCCUGGACAGCGAAAGUGAUCCGGCUGGGGUGCACGUGACGAGCGUGAGGAGAGCGCGCCGGGGGUGAGAGGAACCCCUCAUGCGGAGGUCGUAGUCGGUUUUCCCCGGUUGCACCGUCGAGUAUUAGUCACCCUGACUGGCCCCACGGGAGAAGGGUCGCGUCCGUCUCGGCGGUGGACUCGGUUCCGUGUCAGACGAGUUAGGUAACAGCGUAGAGCCUGCCACCAAGGCAGGACGAAACGACCAGCGCCGCGAACUCAGUCAGUCAGUCAGUCAGUCAGUCUCGCCGAACUACUCGCGCCGAUAACACCGACACGAGCUGAACUCCCGGGCCUCUGAUAUGGGAAGCGGUGGAUCGAGCGGUAGAUUGACAGAAGAGGCAAUUGUUCGAGAGACGGUGACGUGACACAACGCGUGUGAUCUGCAGAGCCAGCAGAGAAAGAGACCGGAGCGACGACGACGACGACGAGAGCGAGACACGAUGUCGAGCGCGAUGCGGGUCCUCCUAGGGAGUAUCAUCUGCAUACUGUCAGCGGCCAACGCGAGGACCGCGAUAAUGCCGCCACCCUGGGCCGAUCCGUCGAACAACCCUUGCGCCGCGCAACCACGUGGCUGGCAGCUGCUCUAUUGGCCGGCCGACGGGAAGUGCUACAAGAUAUUCCAGAUCGGCGCUCCCUGCCCGGAGACGAUGGAGUUGGGCCCCACGGCCGGGGGCGGUGGGACGACGGCGGAGUGCAGAUGUCCGCCGGGGACCGCGCAGUCGCCCCGGGACGCCCUGUGCCAUCCGAUAUUCACGAAAGCGUCCUGCGCAAAGGGUCAGUUCUUCGCGCCGGUGCCGGACGCGCCUGGCAGAUCGGGGUCGAAACGACGAUGGGGGGUUUGUCGAGAGCCCGAGCCCUGCGGCGAGCAGAGUGAGAUCUACUGGCUCAAGGACGGCAAGUGCUACCCGAAGCUCAGCAGAGGGCCUUGUCCACGCGGGGAACUGCUCGUCGCCGACGAAGAGGGCCUGGCGACUUGUUCGUGUUCGACGAACGACGAACUGGGCAGGUACCAUUGGCUGGGCAGCGGCGGCGGCUGCCACGAACACUACACGAAGGGCCCGUGCUCGGAGCCGGGAGAGCUGUUUCUCCCGGGCGGGACGUGCGGCUGCCACUCUCGACUACCUCAUUAUCACGAGCCGAGCGGCAUGUGCUAUCAGCUAGGCGGCGUCGGUCCAUGUCCACAAGGACAUCACUUCGUAGUCACUACGGACGGCCGAUCGAGCGCGCAGGAGGACGUGGUGCGUGCCGGAUGCGUCUGCAAGCCGGGCCACGCGCUCUACAAAAACGGACUCUGCUACCGGCUGCACACGAGAGGACCCUGCGAGAACGGCUACAUGCUGAUCGACUCGUCCACCUGCGUGCCGGUGCCCUGCAAACGCGGCAGACUGUACUUCCCGCAGGAGAGAACCUGUUACAAGAUCGGCACGAAGGGUCCGUGUCCGAACGGGCAGAUAGUGCUCUACGACCACAACGUGAGGCCGUCCCUCGACGGGAUCGGCUACAACGGCGUGUGCGGCUGCACCAACGUGAUGAGGAACGCCGGUAAAUGCGUGGAGGACGAGAGCGACGACUGCGAGAGCACGCCCGGCAUGGUGAUGAUCAACCGGGUCUGCUACAAACUGUACACGCAGGGCCCCUGCACCGCGGGCGAGUGGUUGGUCGCGCAACGGACGUCGAGGAGCCGGCUGUGGCGAGAGGACGAGUCGCGACCGAAGGCUAGGUGCGAAUGCCGACCCGGUUACAAGAGGAUCGCCGACAGCACGGAGGCGUUGGAGGAGCUGGAGAGUAACAGUCUGAUCUCGCCGAAUGGCUGCCAGCCACCCGCAGUGAGCUUGGCGAAAUUCCUCAAUGAGAACGUCAAGACCACCGGUGAUCUGAGCAGCUCGAGCAGCUCGCUCUUAGCUUAACAUGUAGGACGUUGGACACUUGUAAUUUCACAUCUCACACGAAGGGCAUCCUGUUUCGUUUCUACAUUUCUACGUGACUCUCACGUGUGUGCAUGUGUGUGUGUGUGUGUGUGUGUAUGUGUCGAGUGACGAUCGAACUGAGGGUGUACUGAUGGCGGACUCAAUCUUGUAUAUAAUGUCGUCGAGAUUACCGUUGCUUUAACCCUCUAACGGCAAGGUGGGUUUUCAACGUAUCCGGGAAAGUGGCGUUGGAUCCGAUUCCGUGAGCUCUGUUCAUUUUUUACGUAAUUAAUGUACAAAAUAGACAAAAGAAGUAAAUGAUAACAUAAGACAUUCCUUAAAAAGAGGAACAGCGCGUGCACGCAGUAAAAUAAACGAGCCGUGGGGUCGCAUCCGAUCUCAACCUUACCGUUCCAGGGUUAAGCUGUUUCUCUCUCGCGUGCUCGAGCGAGAGAGCGUUAUUUAUUUACUUGUUAAGUAACUCGGUGAAGUCUGAAGUCUCUCUCUUUCCCGAGGGAAGAAGGGAGGGGAAAAGGGGAGAGAGAGACACGUGCCACUUAUUCUUUACGAACAAUCGUACGUUGUAGAUAAACACAGAG